CACACAUUUCAUUUAUAUAACGUUGACGAACAGGUUCCAUUUGUAUUGUUUAAGAUAACAAAAUAAUAUUAUCUUAUCAUUCCAAUCAGCCAGAACUUGAGAUUUUUUGAUAUACAAAGAAAGCAAACCGACUGCGAUUACUCGUACGUUCUUUCAACUAUUUCGAUUCACAUGACGGUGUCUUUGUAAUCAUUUCCUGUGUUUGUUAGGUCAAAUCCAGAAUCAAAGUUAGCUCAUCAAAUUACAAUUGAAUGAAAUUAUGAUGGGGAUUGUUUUCUGGAUGAAGAUAUUUUUAAUAGCACAAGGACUGACUUCUGGACAUGCGAAGUGUCUGCAAAAAAUAUCUUCUACACGCAUAGAGUUGUACACAACUGACAGAUCGAAAAACUGCAUUUGGUCCACUAAGAUAAUUGCUUCGAAUGACAAAGUUCUAAAUAUAACUAUAACAGAACGAGUUGGAGGAAAAUCGUUGGUUCUUUUCGGGAAUCCGAUGAUAACAAUGAAUAAACGAUGCUUCAUCGUCACUCCUCCCGGUACCCGCUGUGUCUUUACGAAUACAUCCUCAUGUGAUAUCUUGAAGAAAAAAGACAAAUAUAUCUCUUUUCGUACGGCAAACGUUGGGGACAAACUAGUGUUGCAUACCGAACAUGUUGAUGAUUGUCAGAAGACGGAAGGUACAAACACAACUAUUAGUUCAUCCUUCACCAGUCUCCGUCCAGCCACAAUGGGAAUAAAAAGCACAAGACAUCAAGAAACAACUGCAAAACAAGUCAAGGACAGUUCAACAAAGAGUUCUACAACGAAACAUGAGGAAAAGAGCAUGAUGAAUAUUCCGGAAAUCAAACCUCGAAUAAAUCCACACAAUGUAGUGACUCAACGUGCUUUCUCAGAAUACGACACUAGCAAUGCGAUAGUUCGAAUGCCAGAACAAGGUAUUUCAACAAUGACUAUAAUUAUAUUAUGCGCUGUUGGAUCAUUUCUCAUCAUCAUCGGUGGACUUAUUGCCGUCUGUAUAAUUAAACAAAGGCGACAACCACCUAAAUGGAAAAAUAGAAAUCCACACAUUUCGAGAACUACUUCAAUUGCUUCUGUGUGCUUUGCUCCGGAGAAUCCUGAUCGUGUCUACGAGUCAAUUCAUUCUAAAAGGAAUCGAAAAAGAAAUAACACCGAUGCAAGUACUCAAUCACAAUCAUUAUAUGUAGAAAUGGCGGCGACAGGAUAUAAACAACGAAAUGUAUAUGCCAGCGUGAAAUUGUACUCAACACCAUAUGAGAAUAUACCGGAAAAUCCAUCUCACACAUCACACACACUCGAUUCAGGUUACAUCAUUCCAGAGUAUCACAAUGAUACGUCGUUACCUUAUAUAAAUAUGGGAAUUGUUAUAAGAAACGAACUCACUCGACAAUCAACAUAUGUAGAUAUGUCGCAGACGUCUGUGCCGAAGUCACCUAAUUCAUCAAUUGUCGAACCGCGAUAUGUCAACUUGCCGUCAAGCUCAAGCGCUGAUAAAGCUCAAGCUAAUAUUUACGAAAAUUCUAAUUCGAGCAAAUGAAAAAUACAGAACUAAGCUAUAACGAGAAAAAAAGAUUGAAAGUGUCUCAUCCAGUCUAUUCCGUAGUAGACGAAAAAAAUAAAAGACAUUCACGCGUUUCCUGUAUAAAAAAAAGUAUAUAUUAUUAUUAUUUAUUUCAUGUUAGUUAGCAGCCUAUCUGACUUUUGCAGUCGAAAUUGUUUUUUACAGUUUCUUAAUGCAGACUGUAACAUGCAUAUUAUUCUUGUGUGUAAGUAAAAUUAUCUGAUAGAAGAUGUAUGUAUCCUACGCUGAAUUGCGUAGAAGAAGGAAGUGCAAGGAAACCAGUUAAAACGUUGAAAAAAUGAAACAUUUUAGAUCGGAUUUAUGGUCAGAAUUUGGCCUCUAACAUUUUUCUAGGUAAUAAGUUGAGAGUUUAACUUAACUGAUAGGUGUGAGCCAAGUUUGGAACAUUCUUGAUAACUUCAAAAUGCUAAUAUGAGUUUUCAUUGUAGUCAUCGUGGCCACUAUUCUCGAUGAUGUUGCGCCGAGUAAGAUUCAAUAAAUUUACCCACCAUCUAACAAUAGCCAACAAACUUCCGAAAAA